CUUGAAAACAACUCUAUUCACCCCCCUCUAGAGUUGCACAUUUGUCUAGCAAUUGGUAUCGGAGCAGGAAGUUCUUCGAAUACAUUAUUUUUCAGGAAGUAAAAGAUCAAAUUGCAUCAAGGAUGUUCAGUGCAGGAGUGACCGAGGGACAAUCAACCACGAGGCCACCUUUGUUCGAUGGAACAAACUACUCGUACUGGAAGGAGAGGAUGAGAAUCUUUAUCCAAUCCAACGACUACAAGUUGUGGUUGAUUGUGAAGAACGACUGCGGAGUCCCGAUGAAGAAAGUCGAUGAGGUGGUUGAAGAGAAGAGCAAGAGGUCUAUUGCUCUACUUGCAAUAACAUCAACCCACAACAACGUUGAUGAUGAAGAUGAUGACAGCGACGACACCGACCUCAGACUCUUCGUCCAAAAAUUCAAAAAGAUGAUGCUCAAGAAGGGAGCCAAGAAGAACACUCCACCCAAGUGCUAUGGGUGUGGUGAAAUUGGACACAUCAAACCAAUGUGUCCAAAGCUCAAGAACGAGAAGGACAAGAGGGCACCAAAGAAGCAACGUGCCUACAUUUCUUGGGAGAACGACGGCUCCGGGAGUGAAGACUCAGAAACGGAGGAAGUGGCCAACCUAUGUCUCAUGACCAUUGAGGAUGGUGAAACAUCAAAAGAGGUGUGCUUGAAGGCUUCGAGUACCUCUUGGUAUCUCAAUAACGGAUGCUCCAAGCACAUGACCGGAGACGCAUCCAAAUUUAGGAGUUUAGAUUUUUUCAAAGGUGGCAAUGUCGUUUUUUGCGACAACGACAAAGGAAAGAUCAUUGGAAGUGGCACCGUCGGGAGAGACAAUGCUACAACCUUUGAGAGCGUUCUUCUUGUUGAGGGCCUCAAGCACAAUCUUCUUAGCAUUAGCCAAUUGUGCGAUAGAGGAGCAUCAGUCGAGAGGUUCCAAAACACUUUUCUCACGAAGGAGAUCAUCCCACCGAAGAUUGUGGACAAUGACCUCUUCAAAUCGGCGACCUAUGCCCCGAGUAAGUCCCUUUUCUCUCAGCAAGGUUUGCUCCGCUUCAUUCACUUGACGUAUGAAUUCUUUUGUCCAAAUCUUAUACGUCAAUUUUGCUCCAAUCUUCGUACCACUUUGGGAGAUUCGCCAUCUCUCAUCUCCUAUGUUGACGGCAAAACCGUUUUUGUUGACGGUGCCGCCUUGACCUCUCUCCUUGGCCAUCGUAAAGGUGAAAUUACCGACAAUUUGGAUGAAACAUUCCAAGAUGAGGGAAUUUGGAGACAACUCGGGUUAGAUCAUCGUGACCUCAAGUUUAGAAAUUCUAAUAACCCGAGUGUCAUUAACCUCACUUUGAUUCAACGCGUCCAACAAUACAUCUUCUGUUAUGUUUUGUUGCCCCGUGAUUCGAACCAUGGCGUUGUCAACAAGGGCGACAUUCGUUUGUUUCACGUCCUGUUGAAUAAUGUCAAAUUUGAUUGGGUUCAUUUCUUUCUUGUUGCACUUCGUGAGGGCUCUCGCUUUUCACAUCUUCGUUUUGCCGUGCCUAUCAUGCAUAUCCUUGCUCAUUGCAAAGUGGACCUUACUCGGGACACUCAGGUGCCGGUGAAGAAGACAUGCUACAUCAAGGACACCAAGUUUUCCCGGAUCAUGUACCGUGAGGAGGGCGAUGUUGCACUUAAUUUGAACCUCGUAGUCGCAGACGAAGAAGAGAGCCAAAACGAAACUCAAGCCGAGUCAUCUCGUGCCGGAGGAAGUCGAGCCACGGAGCGCGUCACUCGUUAACGUAGGACUUGUCCAAGAGAAGAAGCACCGGAACUUUCGUGGGUGAAGAGGGUCUUUGACACUCUCACCUGCAUUCAGGACGACGUUCGUCAACUCAACGAGAGGAUGACUCAUUUCGAGCAAUCGCGCUCCUACCGUGGCUCGCGACACAACUUUAGCGGAGGAGCUUGUCCGGCG